UUCUUUUUCUUCUAAGCAUAGAUAGACAGAGCCUGCCCUAAAUCCAGCUUCAGUUUCUGUUGAAAAUGGUGUUGAUUGAACAAGAUUCAGAACCUCAACAAAACCACUCUAAAGACACUAUCGUAAACCCUCCAAACACAUCAUCCUCCGAUUCAACUACCAAUGAUCACGGCGACGCCGCCGCCUCUGAUGGAUUCGAGACGGCGAGCGAACGUGACGUUAGUGACAACGAGACCGACGAUGCUCAAGGUCUUGUAAACGACAGCGCAUUGAAACAGCAGAAAGCGGUAACUGAGGCAAAUGAGGCGAAAGUAGAAGGGAAUAAACUUUUCGUAGAAGCGAAGUAUGAAGAGGCGUUAUUGCAAUACGAAGUCGCUUUAAAUGUGGCUGAAUCGGCAUCGGUGCCGGAAGAGUUGAAUGAAUUGCGUUCAAUAUGUCACUCAAAUCGUGCCGUUUGUUUUUUGAAACUUGGAAAAUAUGAGAACACUAUCAAGGAAUGCACAAAAGCAUUGGAACUAAAUCCUACAUAUAUGAAAGCUCUGGUGAGAAGAGCAGAGGCUCAUGAAAAGCUCGAACACUUUGAAGAGGCUAUUGCUGAUUUGAAAAAGAUCUUGGAACUGGAUCCAGCGAACAACCAAGCAGGGAAAACCAUUAUGCGCUUGGAGCCACUGGCUGCUGAAAAACGAGAAAAGAUGAAGGAGGAGAUGAUUGGAAAACUGAAAGAAAUGGGCAACUCCAUUCUGGGCCGGUUUGGAAUGAGUGUCGACAACUUCAAAGCUGUUCAAGAUCCAAACACUGGUUCCUAUUCUGUACAAUUCCAACGGUAGCUAGUUUGUUUCUGAUAUAUCCCUAUUUUCUUUAUUGGAAGAUAAGAA